CCGCGGGGUUGGAGGCUCGGAAAUCGUCCCGCGCCUUCCCCGAGCGCCCCGAGCGCAUCGCGGGUAGAGUGCGCUGCUGGCGAGGUGCUGCGGGCUGCGUUCUCUGCCGACUGGCGGCGGGGUCACUCACCCUCUCCAGCACCCAGUUUUCUUGUAGUGGUAGUCUUCAUUUCAAGAUUCCUUUGCACUUCUGUUAAAAUGCAAACCGACAACAUUCAAGGUCAGGACAGAGGGAAAAUUACUGGUGCUUAAAACGUGGAAGGAAGACCAUCCUCAGUAGAGAACUCCCCUGACUAUUGUCUGAGAUGCUGUGGAAGUUACUGCGGAGGAGACUCUUUACUUAUCCCACAAAAUACUAUUUCUUACUUUUGGUUUUUUUCCUUGUCACCUUCUCUGUUUUAAGAAUUCAUCAAAAACCUGAAUUUUUGAGCGAUGAACAUUUGGAACUGACUGGAGAGAAUCCAAGUAGUCAUAUUAACUGCACUAAAGUUUUACAGGGUGACGCUGAUGAAAUCCAAAAGGCAAAACUUGAGAUUCUAACUAUGAAGUUUCGAAAGCGUCCUCGGUGGACAACCCAAGACUAUAUAAACAUGACCAGAGACUGUCCAUCUUUUAUCAAGAAUCGCAAAUACAUUGUAGAACCUCUUAGCAAAGAAGAGGCUGAGUAUCCAAUAGCAUAUUCCAUAGUAGUUCAUCACAAGAUUGAAAUGUUUGACAGGCUGCUAAGAGCCAUCUAUAGGCCUCAGAAUUUCUAUUGCAUUCACGUGGACAAAAAAUCAGAGAAUUCUUUUUUGCUUUCCGUGACUGGCAUUGUGUCCUGUUUCAGCAAUGUCUUUCUGGCCAGCCAAUCAGAGAAUGUGGUGUAUGCAUCCUGGAGCCGUGUUCAGGCCGACCUCAACUGUAUGCGGGACCUUUACAGCAUGAACACAGACUGGAAGUACUUGAUAAAUCUCUGUGGCAUGGAUUUUCCUAUUAAAACCAACUUGGAAAUUGUCAGGAAGCUCAAGUCAUUAAUGGGUGAAAACAACCUGGAAACCGAAAGAAUGCCAGCCAAUAAAAAAGAAAGAUGGAAAAAGCAUUAUGAAGUCAUUAAUGGAAAGCUGACGAACACAGGGACUGACAAAAUGCCCCCUCCUUUGGAAACACCUCUGUUUUCAGGCAGUGCUUAUUUUGUAGUCAGUAGGAAGUAUGUGGGGUAUGUGCUGGAGAAUGAAAAAAUCCACGAGUUCAUGGAGUGGACCAAAGACACAUACAGCCCAGAUGAGUAUCUCUGGGCCACCAUUCAGAGGAUCCCCGGAGUCCCAGGCUCACUGCCCUUAAGCUAUAAGUAUGAUAUGUCUGACAUGCGUGCUAUUGCUAGGUUUGUGAAGUGGCAGUACUUUGAAGGCAAUGUUUCCAAGGGUGCUCCAUACCCGCCUUGCAAUGGGGUUUACCUGCGCUCCGUGUGUGUGUUUGGAGCCGGAGACUUGAACUGGAUGCUGCGCAUGCACCACUUAUUUGCCAAUAAGUUUGACACAGACACUGACCUCUUUGCCGUCCAGUGCUUGGAUGAGCAUCUGAGGCAUAAAGCACUGGAGACAUUGAGACACUGACCAUUGUAGGCUGUUUAAAAAACUGAGAGUGAGAUUUGUGAAAUGUAAACCUUUUGAUUUUUCUGCUCUGUUAAUUAAACAUCAGAAAAACUGUAGGAGUUGCUUUGGGGGGUGGGGAGGACUCUUGAUUAUGUCAGAAAAGCCCACUAGCUUCUACAGAGUUAAAAGUUUAAAAAGGUUAGAAACUUUAUAGCACUGAAUCAUGACUGAGAGUUAAGGUGAAGAAGGGGAGGUUGCAAAAGCAUUGUGGGGAGAAGUGGUCCAGGUGGUCUACAGAAUGCAAAAAAGCAGCCAGCUAAAAAAGAACUCAGGGACUUAAAAUGAUAAAAUUUGACCUGUGCCAAUAUUACUUUUGAGAGUUUUAAAUUGAGUUUUCCUGAUGUGAAUAAACUGGUAGCAACAAGCAAUCAUAAGAAUAUGAUUUAUCUUACAGGUUACAUUUAUUGGAAUAGGAACUUUUCUGUAAUUCUUAUAAAUGCUUUCUGCUAUAAUGUUACAUAGUGUAUUUGACUAUGUUAUCUCAGGGAUCUUGAAAAAAUGGCAUGAUUGUUUCUGAUGAAAUUUUGCUUCUGACAAUGUAUUUUCUUAGUGGCAAUUACAGUUUGGUUGAUUCUAUGAAUCAUCUUAGGUUUAUUAAAAUGAUGUCAUUUUAGAUUAAAAAAUUACAAUACUAUUUUGAUUAA